UCAACGCGGAGGACUUUUUGUGUGACACUGUCCUUGCAGCCCAAUCAUGGCAGGAUCCGACUUGAUGAAAACUCUUGUGUUUACUAUCAAUCAUCUUCUGCAGCAGGAGAAAUACAAAGUAGCUUUGGCGGUUUUAAAGGGAUUCAGAAAUGGUGCCGUAUAUGGAGCAAAGAUCAGAGCACCACAUGCCCUGGUCAUGACAUUUCUGUUUCGAAGUGGCAGUUUAAAAGAGAAGCUCAAAGCCAUUUUGAAGGCCACAUACACCCACUCCCGGAAUCUGGCCUGCUUUGUUUUCACCUAUAAAGGACUUCAGGGUUUACAGGAGAAAAUCCAGGGCAAAAGUUUACAGUCUCAUGCCUUCCUGGCUGCCUGUAUUGGUGGGUGGUUGGUAUUUGGAGAAAACAACAACAUUAAUAGUCAGAUCAACAUGUACCUACUGUCCAGAAUCCUGUUCGCCUUGUCUCGGCUGGCUGUAGAGAAAGGAGUCAUCCCAGCACCAAAACAAGACCCAUUCCCGCUCUUUGCCACACUGGUUUGGGGCAUCGUCUUGUGGUUGUUUGAGUAUUACCCUCACACUCUUCAGCCCUCGCUGCAGUCCUCCAUGACUUACCUCUAUCACGACAGUAAUGUGUGGCAUGACAUCUCAGACUUCCUUGUUUAUAAUAAGCCAAAGAGUGUCGCUCAGAAAUAAAGCUAUUCUCAGAGCGACAUUAUAAGUUUGUAACCAAUACUCUAAAAGACUGUUGAAUGUUAAUUAUGACUUUGAGUUGAUUGUUUGCACAAUAUGAAGCAGUUUCCUUGAUAAAAAUAACAGAUAUUUUUUCUUUUUAAAUGUUUUUCUAUCUUAAAACCAACCAAGAUGAUUUGGAAACUGAUUCCUUCUCUACUGUAUCAUUUGUUUUGUGUUCCUGUAUUAGUCGAUCCAGUUAUCUGUUAAGAAAAUUGCAGCUACGUGUGAAAAAUGAUAAUCAAAUUCCUCAAUACAAAAUACACUGCAAAAACUGAAUCUAAAGAAAGCAAAAAGAGAAACAAAAUGCUGUUAUUUUCUAAUCUUAUCAAGAAAAUAAUCUUAGUUUGAGAAAACAUGUCUUAGUGAAUAGAACUUUCCUACUCUAUUAGCAGAUUUCUUUUUUUGCCUAUUUAAAGAAAAUCUGCCAACAGUGUAAGAAUCUUUAACUUAUUUCUGAGGGAACCGUUUUUGCAGUGUUCUGGUAAAUACAGAAAUAGCAAAGAUACAGUUAUGAUACAUCAUAAACGUGAUAUCGUACUAGCGAGCCAAUUAAAUAGUAGUUGAAUAGUGUUUUGCAUAAUUUUCAUUUUACAAUACUAAUUUAUUUUUUGUUCAAGACAGACCAAAGUCUUGGGUUUGCUUUUUGUCACGUUUAAUUGCGAUAAAUCAGAUGUACUUUAGUGUAUCUCAGAUAAAUCUAUGCACACUCAACAAAAAUAGGUUGAGCCUUUUUAACAUAAUGAGCAUUUUGCGUAAAAACUUUUACUUUUUUAAUCAAUUACUGUUCGAUACAUGAUUUGAAAAAAAACUUCUUUUUUUUUUUGCAAAACAGAUUUUAGGUGUGGAACUCCUAAAAGCACUUGACAAAAAUGAGUCACGCUCUAAGAAAUUGGUUGGAAGCCUGUGAAGUCACUCAUGCGUGCAAAACAUGAAGCGGGUGUUUGUCACAGUCUCAAUACUCUGUGCCAAGAGUAAAGGCGUGUCAAGUUACCACCUUAAUGCAUUUUUUCCAGUUGAAUAAAAACCUGAACAAACUUGAUCUUUUUUUCUUUUUCUGAUUUUUUUUUUUUGUUUCAUCAUUAAGCUUGCAUUUACACCCUUUGAAGUCUGAUUUGGGUUGCUUUGGAAAUGAGAGUCACAAGUGCAGAAAAUGUAAAACUAUAGAUUACAAUUAUUUUGGAAAACUAUUUAAUUAAAAUGUAUAUUUACUCUAUUUUUUCUGGUUUGAAUUGUAUGUCACAUUUAACUGAAGAAAAAUCCUCAUUUGUGUUUGGAGUAUAUUUUUACAAUGAAAAAAGUUGUGUAAUAACUGAGGUUUUCCUCAGACAAAAAAAAUUCACUUGUAAUUUCCUUUUUACAUCAAAGCAUAAAAUUCCUGAAGAGA